CGAAACAUUUAAUUCCUUGUUUUGUCUCAGGCAGCCUCUUACAAAUGAAAUAACUUACAUAUGCGAUGGCUACAGAAUCAGAUCAACUGAAAAAGAUGUGGAUUGUUUACAUGCAAUGCUAUUUUGUUACGAUUGCAACCAUUCUAGGGACUGGAAUACUGGGAUUACCAGUGACACUGGCUCAUGCGGGACUAUAUCCCUUCCUUAUAUCCUUCAUAAUUGGUUCAGUGAUGCAGGGGUUGCUGAUAUAUUUCUUCACAGAUCUUCUACAGAGGGCACAUGCUGUCCAGUCAAAUACUCUAAGACAGGUGGAUCCAUUCCAAGUAAGUGAGGAGUCAGAGUUCUUGAUGGAUGAUGAUGCAGAUGAACUGCCUGAUGAAAAUGGCCCAGUGCUAGCAGGUCAUGUGAUCAUACCAAAGAACAUCAACAUUCAGCCACCCAACCUACAUCUGCUAGGCAACCUUUUUCUAGGAUGUGGUGUGCGCCAACUCUUUGAUAUCAUCCUUGUUCUGCAGUUUAUGGCUUUGCUAAUCAGCUAUUCACUGGCCGGCAGUGAAGCAUAUGGAUCUCUGAUAGGAAUCGACUAUCGUUAUAUCAUCCCAAUGUUUGUGUGGGUGCUAUCGUUGCUGAUUGUGUUCGCUCUACAAUUUAUUCAGCCCGUCGUCUCAGUUUUGACAUUCUUCAAAGGAUCAUUACUUCUAGGAACUGUUAUAGUCACAUUCUAUGUUGGUGCCUCUGUACAUCGGGAGAUCACAAAUGACUUCACCUACUUUGGUGCUCCCUUCCUCAUGGGAACUGUGGCUCUGGGUGGAGUAGUGAAUGUUAUGCCCCUACUUUACAGCAAAAUCAGCCCCAAUAAAACCCAGAUUCAGAAUUUCCGUCUGGCAGUUUUACUUGGACUAAUCACCUGUACGGUUUUGAAUAUAGGCUGGAGCUGGGCAGUGUUAGACAUUGUACCUCAGUUGCAGACCUAUCCCUGUAACCAGGGCAACCAGACUGUCUGCUUUAAUGAGAUUUCUUUAGAGAGUUCAGCAAUAAAGGGAGAAAUUUCAACCAUUCCAUUAACAACUGUGAUAAACCAGGCGUACCCAGGGUUCCGGUGGGUGGCGAUCCUUGUUGAGUUGUUUAUCGUUGUCAGCAUCACCGUCUCCUACCUGACCAUAGGGGCAGUGUUGCAUCAUACAUUGAGUGGUUGGGUGACCUCCCUUUGGGAGAAGGACUCCAUGGCAACCUACAGGGACCGGUUAAAACCACCCAGAUGCAUCUGCUGCACAUCGCAGUGUGUAUGUAGCUCUGUGCUGUCAUUCCUUGCAUUUGGCAUCGUGUUCGUCAUAGCCAUGCUGGAUCCGCAGGGCUUUCUGGAUAUUUUGGAGAAGUUUGCCUCAUUCACCAUCAACCUGGAGGUGGCACUGUUCAUAUUUCUGAUGCUGCUUCGGUCCAGAAAUACAGAAAACAGAAAACUGAAUAUUCCUGUGCCGAUGCCAGAUUGUGUUUACUAUCUUGUGUUCUUGAUUCCCGCAUAUUUCGGGUUUGCUGUUGGCUAUGAUGUGUUUAACACCAUUAGAGACAUCGUUCACGGGCAGACCAGUUCAUCUCAGGGGAAAAUUAUAACAGAUGGGAUGACUGGACUUUCCACAAAUAGCACUGCUUCAAUCAUGACUUCAUACAUGACACCAUUCAAUUUGACAUCCAUUUUUACCACGACAAUGUCUGCAAUAACUAACAUAGGAAAUUAGUUAACUUGCUGAAUUAUGUAAAAAAAUUAACGUAUCCAACAGACUUUAAUAGCUUUUUGUCUGUGUAGCUAACCUUUUCACAGACCACGCUCAGUGUGCUUUUGUCAUCAUUUUUGUCUGUCUUUCAUCAUUUACAUUCCAACAAGAUUAAGGAAACCUGUUAAUUGUGUAUUAGAAAAAAUUGACAACUGCUCAUGUUUGGUUGGAAGGUAGGAUUCUAGGUCUGGUAGCUCAAGAUGCAGACAGUUGUUCGUACAUUCUAGAAGAAACAAUACCUAACAUGAUGCCGACGAGUUUCUCUCGUUGAUUGCAAUUUCAUUUGUAAGAAACAAAAUAUCAUAUCUCUUGUAUUGAACCUAG